UUGUUGGGAGUUUAGACAAGCGGAGGGAGCAAAAUGGCGGACGAAGAUAUUACGCUUGAUGGAAAACCUCUACAAUCGCUCCGAGUCGCGGAUUUAAAAGCCGCCCUGGAGCAAAGAAACCUCCCAAAGAGCGGGCAGAAAAACACACUCAUUAAACGACUGAAAGGGGCUCUGAUGCUGGAAAAUCUUCAGAAGUCAUCUUCCUCUCACAGUGGGUUGCAGCCCAACUCACAGAUAGGUGAGGAGAUGAGCCAGAAUAGCUUCAUAAAACAGUACCUGGCCAAGCAGCAGGAGCUCCUCCGUCAGAGGCUGGAGAGAGAAGCCCAGCAAGAUGAAGAGGCAGAUGAGAGCCCAGCAGUGCCGGAGGAGGAUGACGACCACUCAGAGGACAAUGACAGCUCUUCCUAUGUCUCUGACAAACAUCGCUCCAUACCCACCCAGCCCUCAAUGACCAGGGCAGAGGAGAAAGGAGGGCAUUCAGUUGUGGGUCAUGGGUUGAUGGCAUGCGGCCCUGAUAUGGGCCCCGGUCCUACCCUCCACCCGCAGGAGUCCCUUGAGGCUCCAGCAGCUAGAAUGCAGCGAGCCACCUUUCAUCAGGGACAUAAGGAGCCACCAGCUCCCUCUCCUCCCCGCGCUGUAGCCUCUCUGUCAGUGCGCGUCCUGGGCCAGCCUGACCGCCAGGGGCUGCCCCCUGCUGUAUCCCGAGCCCAGGAGAAAGAGGGCACCGCACCGAGUGAACCAGGAUCAGCUCAUCCUGUCCUACACCUUAGCCGAUCUGCCGGGGUCUCAGCAGGAAGACACGACCACGAGGACAAUGAUGAAGAUGACAGCAGUGAUGAUGAAAGCGAGGAUGACGAGGACUGGGGGCCCGGUCCUGGUGGAGCACGUAGGGGCAACAGAGCACCUCCGCAGCCGCAGCAGAUGCCCCCCAGUGUCCCAUCAACAGUUGCAAGAUCCAAACGCAAGCUUCAGCCUCCGCAGCACAUCCCACCACCACAGGCUCAACACACCCCAAUGCAACUGCGCCACCCUACUCCUCCUCCCUCUCCACCCCCUGACCUAUUUCCACUUCCAGAUACUCCCAAGCAGAGUCCACCAGACCCAGACGACCAGGAGGGAGAAGGCCCUGGGGCUGCUCGUGGUCCAAGGGUUGCGCCUUUCCCACCUUCCACCUUGCAGAGGCAAGACUCUGACUCCAGCUCUCGUUCCAGCAGUCCUGAGCCCCUUAUGAAGCGCAGGCCAGGGCCUCUUUCUCUGCUUGUACACAAGAUGGAGUCAGAGGGGGCUUUCCGUGCAGGGGAGGCCACCUCAGCUGCAGAUAUGUCAGGAGAGAAGGCACGCUCCACUGCUGCUGGGUCUUCCAGUUCCAGUGAAUCUCCACUGCAAAAAUUGGAGAAAAAGAGGCUACAGGAGAACAGAGAGAUGGAGGAAGAGCGGCGACUGAAGGAAGAAAAGGAGAGAGAACAACAACAGGAGCAGGAGAGAGAAAGAAGGAAGAUACAAGAACAGGAGAGAGAGAAGAAACGUUUGGAAGAAGAGAAGGAAAAGGAGAGGAAACGACUGGAAGAAGAGGAGAAACUGCGUCAGAAAGAAGAGCGAGAAAAAGAGAGAAAACGUCAGGAAGAGGAGAAAGAGAGAAAACGCCAGGAAGAGGAGAAGAGAAAAGAGGAGAAACUGCAAAAGGAGAAGUAUAAAAGAGAGGAGAUAGCCAGCAAAGGCAGGGUGUCUGUCACUGAGCCCCAAGAUUCAGGUUCCUCAUCAGAUUCUGACUCCAAAUCAGACUCCUCUUCACACUCACCACAAUCCUCCUCUUCCUCUGGGGAUAAAACCCGUCCUGCCAGGCAGCUGAAGAAGGCAGACCAAGGACGAGAAGCAGAGGAUGAGAAAAAGACUAACCUGAGUAAAGGUGAUGAGAAACGAUACCUUUCAAAAAGGGAGGUGUCGGAGCCCAGCACUGCCGCCGUGACCGAGGUGGAACCAGACACGGAGAGCUCCAUGGCCCAGCAGCCACCCUCUGGGGCUGAGCCAGAGAACAGUGAGGGCCGCCUGGAGGAGAGCACCACUCCUAAGGCUUUUGCUGCUCGCAAGAUAUCCCUGACGAGUAGUAAGAUGUCCCCAGCCACCACAGAUGGAGGUGCAGGAGAGGCUGAGACAGGAACUGCAGCAGGGAGGAAGAGGCGAUGGGGAUCCAGCACAUCAGUCACUGCCAAGAAACCGUCCAUCAGUAUCACCACUGACUCACUGAAGUCUUUGAUCCCAGACAUCAAAGUGAACCAGGAGGCGGUGGUGGAGCUGCACCCAGAGGAGCUGCAACUCUCCGGGGACGAGGAGAGCCUGGACGCCAGCCGGGGUGACCAGGACAAAGGCCUCAAGAUCAGACGCACCGUCACACAGGUCGUCCCGGGUGACAGCCAGGAAAAUGGACAGACAAAUGAAGAGGAAGAGGUGGAGAAAACUGAGAAAGAAAAACAACGCAGGACUUCCAGAGACAAAAGGAAGAACAGUGUUUCUGAGGAUGCCUCGGAAACACAGACAUCUGUCAAGCUCGAAGGGGAGGCAAAGAAAGUUACCCCCAGUGACAGUCUUGUGCGUCGCUCCAUCAGUCAGCAGAAGUCUGGCGUGUCUGUCACCAUUGAUGACCCCGUCCGCACGACCAGACAGCCCUCACCGCCUCACGGCAAAGUCUCAAACAUCAUUCAUGUGACCAAUCUGGUACGACCCUUCACCCUGGGCCAACUCAAAGAGCUGCUGAACAGGACGGGCAGCGUGGUGGAAGACGGCUUCUGGAUCGACAAGAUCAAGUCUCACUGCUUUGUCACAUAUGCCACAGCAGAGGAGGCUGUCGCCACCAGAGCUGCCCUCCAUGGGGUCAAAUGGCCUCCGAGCAACCCAAAGGUCCUCAGCGUCGACUUCUGCGAGCAGGAUGAGCUGGACUUCCACAAAGGGGUCCUGAAGCCACAAAAGGAGGAAGAACAUGUUGCCCAGCCAGUUGCUCCUCAGACCCGGCUGCCCCCUCUGAUGCCCGAGCGAGACCGGGAAAGAGAAAGAGAACGCGAAGGGGGGCGCGACCGAGAUCGCGAACGGGACCGAGGCGUUGCAGGAGUGCGGGACCUGUGGGCGGAGCGGGAGAGAGAGAUGCAGCGCCGCGAACGAACCCGUGGCGAGCGGGAAUGGGACCGGGAUAAGGUCCGGGAAUUUGCAAGACCGGGAGAGGAAGAGGAGCAACGCUCGCGAUCCAGAGACAGAGAGCGCAGGAGGAGAGAGAGGGCAAAGAGCAAGGAGAGGAAGACUGAUAAAAAGGAGAAAGGAGACGAGCCUCCUGCCAAACUGUUAGACGACUUGUUCCUGAAGACCAAAGCAGCUCCCUGUAUAUACUGGCUGCCCCUCACUGAGGAGCAGGCGGCGCAGAGGGUUUUAGAUCGCACAGAGCGUCAAAAGGAGCGCGAACGAAGGCGCAAGGAGCAGCAAGAGGAGGAGGAAAAGAAGCGUGAGGAGGAGAAGAAAGAGCGGCUGAAGGGUCGGGAGAAGGACGUCAGCGUGGUGGUGAGCGCCAGAGCAGCCGUGAGAGGAACCGACGGAGACAGAGAGCGGGACCGUGGCCGAGACAGAGAGGCGGACAAGAAGAGGGACAGCGGCCAUCGGCCCAGACGACCCUCGGCAGGCGUCGUCGGUGGACGUCACUCUCGCAGCCGUAGCAACCCUAGGGACAGACGCCGCUGAGGGCUGUGUGGUUGCAGGGAAAGCUGUAGAGAGAGCUAGAGGGGGGAGGGGGGGGGGGUGUGGCUUAGCAGAGGACACUGCAGACAGGAAGUCUUGGGAGGGAGUGUUUCCACUUUUGGAGAUGCAUUUCUCUUUCCUCAAAUUCAGGACUUGUGUCUGCUCCUCGCUGCCUGCCCCUACCGUGCUUUAAUUCGUCCACUCUGACGCCAGCGUUGUCUUCCACACACUUCUGCCAUUUCUCCCUUCCCCCUCCUCCCACCUCAUCCAUGUCAGUUUACACAGAAAAUGAUGAUUACAUGUUUUGUUAAUAGUAAAAUGAUGGUUCAUCUAGCUCCAACCCCCCCUACUCUUUUGUUCUCUCUGUCUUCCAGAAGCAAAAGUCAGUCCUUUCCUUCUGUAGAGAGCAGCCUUCCUCCUCUUCUCCGUGUAGUGCUGUUAAUUCUCCUCUGUUGAAGAAAAGAAGCAGAGAAGGGUGGUGUAUUUUUUCUUUUGGCUCUCCUCAGCAUUUUGUCCCACUGAGGUUUGGGAGCCCGCCUCUUUAUUUUAGUUCUGUGGGCGCACAGUUCCUUCCUCCUCAGAGCCCUGUAAUAAAACCAGUCCAAAAUAGAUCCCUGACCUUCAAAUAUUUUCUAGGAUCAGUUUUAGUGUUCUACUCUUCAGCACUGAGAUUUUUUUUUAUAUAUAUACACACACGAUUAAAUUUACAGGCCGUCUUUGUCAAAGUGAGGAAAGUUAUUUUGUUUUGUUGAAGUUUUUAUGAAUCAUGUUAAUAUCUUUUCAGCCUUGGAGGGUUGUUGUUGUGUGCUACAGCAGGUGAUGUUUGUGUGAGUAAUAACCUUCAUCUCCCUCUCCCACGAUGAUACAACUGGUAUCGAAGUCUCAACACUGUAGCCUAGAAAAGUGUGCGAUUUAGGAGGAGACGCGACCUUAUGUGCGGUGGUGACAUGCAGGAGACAUGCACAUGCCCGAGUUCAUAUUUUUGGAAACGAGGAUAUGAAAUUGUGGUCAAGUGGAGGUUUAUUCUGUAAUAAGUACGGGAAGCUGAACUUCCCUGCACUGAAGUGUCCAUUUGGAAAUCCCUCCUCUGACCCUUCAAUCAUAUAUAUAUUUAAGAGGGGGUACAAAUAAGAAGUUCACCCUCUAAUAGAGUAAUUGUUACAUUUUUAAUAGUUUGAAACUUUUUUUUUCCUCUUUCUCCUCCUGCAAAGUGCUGAAUGUACCAAGAAUUUAAAAAAAAUGAAUAAAUUUAAAUUGGUUACCA